UUUACAAAAUACACAGCAUAUUUUAUUUCUCAAAAUCAAAUAUUCGGAACGGGAAACAAUAAAUCCAAUGAAUGCAUAGAUAUUUAUAUGGAGGGGCCUCAAGAAGUUAAGUUGGCGGACUUGCCAGUUGAGAUCUGGGAGAGGGUCCUUUCCCAUUUGGACGUGAAACAUCAUAAAUUAUUACGGGAAGUAUCAGAUGAGCUAGAAGACAUCAGCAAUUCUUAUGUAUUGCACCGCUACAAGUGCUAUGAGUUAGCCCAUCAGAAAAGUCCAAAAAAUAAGCGCGACUACAAAGCUAGGGUCGUGUUGCAGGUAAUUCGGUACGUGGUUAGCUACUUUACCGAUAAGGACUACGAGUCACAUAUUGUCCUCAGCUUGUUGACCCUCCAAGGUGAGGAAUACGCGGUGAGAGCUCAGCUAAAAAAAUUUCUUGUUAAUUUUCUGUUCCGUUUGGAGAGCCCAUUGAAUGAUUUUACUGCUGAGGGCAAGAAACAACUUCAACUCAGACGCCUCCAUUAUACAAUGGCAUUAAUCAGACUGCUGCGACAAUUUCGAAAUUUCCGGAUCAUAGGCAUUGGCAUGCCCCUGUUGCACUGGAUUUUGGAGAUAGAGCUGGACAAUACCUUGUUCGGAACCAUUGAAGAGGUCAAGCAAAGUGAGUCCCAGAGACGUGUAUACUUUAUGGUCAUUAUUGCCGAGCUGCUUUUCUACGAGAUGAGACACAAAACUUGUAGCAGAGAGAUGGAUACUGAUGGUACCAUGUACAACUAUGGUAUCCUUUCCGAAUCAACAGCUACACGCACUCCACGGCUACAGAUCAAGUUCGAGGUGCAGGGACCGCAGAGUGUAAUUAAUCUACUGCAUGAUGUCACCACCGGAACAGACGACCCUAGCAAACCUUUUAACAUGCCUCCGGAAUCGGUCUUUACUGCUAACAUCACGGUUAAGAGUUUUCGAGGACCCAACUAUCUGUAUAAUGGCGAUUUUCACAUUAAUAUUUUAAAGUUGUCUGAUCUAUAUGAGUGA